AUGGUCAAGAUUGCUACUCAAAGUGUCUUCCAUAUAUUAUGUACAUUAUAUGCAUUGUUUGUUCCUUGUUCAUCCUAUGGAGGCAGUUUUCACCGUGAGGACCAUGGUGAGUGGAAACCCUGCAAUUUCAGUGAAACAACUUGUAUAUGUUUGGAAUCAGACGAGGGGUUAUUAAAGGCAGACUGCUCGCAUUUACGUUUGACUCAAGUUCCGAUAUUUCCACCUAAUGUUAUCUGGAUCAAUCUACAAUUUAACUUUAUUGAAAAUAUUUCGGUCAGUUAUCCGAAAAACUUGAAGCAUUUGGAUCUUUCUCACAACGGCAUAAAUUCUCUAAAAGAUAAUCCUUUUGGCAACAUCCCAAGGCUAAAGUAUUUGGAUAUAUCUAGUAAUAAACUUAGUCUGAGUGAGACAAAUUUUUAUCCAGGACUUUUUAAAUCUUUAGAAUCCUUACGUUGUGUGAACUUGAAAAACAAUUCUGUACAGUUGCAAGGAAACUGGAGUUAUCUUGGAGAAAUUCUCAGUGAAUUGAUUUCGUUAAAGGAACUAAGAAUGGAUGCAGUGGGUAACUUUGUACUUUCAAAAGGCUUUAGCAACCUGAAGAAUCUUAUUCUGUUGGACCUCUCCGGUUUUAGAGGACAUUGUGAAACUAUAAAAAUUACACACGACUUUUUUCUCAAUACACCAUACCUUGAACAUCUAGAUCUUUCAUCUUGUAAAAUCAAACAUAUUGAGAGAGGAGCAUUUGGAGUUUUAAGGAAUUUGAAAUCGCUGGAUAUUUCUUACAACAAAGAAUUGGGUUUUGCUUCUCUCCCAAAUGUAACAUGUAAUCUAACGGGAACAUUAAUCAAAAGGCUUAAUUUGCAUAAUAUUAACUGCUUGACGGGAUUAGGAAAACGACUGUUAAUUCGCCAUGUCAUUAACCUGAGAAAAACCAAGUUAGAAGAGAUGAUUUUAUCCAGAAAUAGGUUGGAACUGUUCGAAAGAGGUCUUGUACGAUAUUUACCGCCAACCCUUCAAAGGUUAUCGUUGGCUGAGAAUAAACUUCUACAAGGCCCAUACAUAGCGGACUUUAUUGGUUUUCAUAAUUUGACUAUGUUUAAUAUGAGUCUACAGUUUCAGCCACCAGAAUACGUUACUGCAGUCUUCGAGCUUUGCAAAGAAAAUCAAGAUGAUCCGGAGACUUUUAACAUCACAAUGCACAGGGAUUCUACAAAUUUCUCAACCUUUCUCCACAACUUUGGAAAAUCGUAUAGCACAAAGGUUUCUCAUUGGAAACCAGUUAUAUAUGUACAUUGCCCUGAAAAUCUCCAAACAAUAUAUGCAAAUAACAGUAGACUGUAUUCCAAGAUAUCUGCAAUUGGUCUAAUUGCACCAAAAUUGAGGCACAUGUUUUUUCAAGAUAAUAUAUUGAAUGAAUGGAUAGGACCAGUGUACGGAAUACAAAAUGUCAGUCUUAUUGAUCUUUCCAAUAAUUUCUGCACGAAACUGUCAUCCGACUUCUUUGUUAAUGCAACAGGACUUCUGCAUCUCAAUAUUUCAAGAAACUCUAUUGGAGAUAACCUGGAAAGCGACGUGAAUGGACUUAUAUUUAGAAAUUUGGUUUCGUUGGAGACUUUGGACUUAAGCUCUAAUAAGAUUUAUCAUUUGCCUUAUUUACUUCUGAAAAGGUCUUGGAAUAUCAAAGCGUUGAUUCUUAACAAUAAUCAACUUUCUGAGUGGAAUGUUCAUGUGGGACAUAUGCGUCACUUAAAACAUCUUGAUUUAUCUGAAAAUAGAAUAGAUUCUAUCAGGGAUGAAAUCAGAAAGGAACUAACUAAUUUGAUAAAACUGAAAAACACUUCCAUAGAUCUAUCUGGGAAUAACGUUGACUGUUCAUGUGAAAAUGUUCCAUAUAUCAAGUGGAUGGUUGAACAUAAAGAAAAUUUCAAAAGAUUUGAUGACUACAAAUGUGCCAUAAAAAGCCAGAAAAAUUUUAAUUUCACCGAUCCUGUAACAUCUCUUAAAUCUUUGGUAGUAGAAUGUCGGUCUUAUACGACCUUUUAUAUUGUUGGAUCCAUCGUCUUGACCGUUCUAAUUUUUGUGGUCAUUGCAGUGAUGGUGAAAAGAAAUAUUUGGACAAUAAGAUUUACUAUCUAUCAAUGUAAACAAAAACUGAAGACAGGAGGUCGAUAUAUGCAAAUAUUAUAUCAGAGGAAUCGAUUAAAUUACACUUAUGACAUUUUUAUUUCAUAUUCUGCUCGGGAUCGAGAAUUCGUUUUGAAUAAACUUUUUUUGAAAUUAGAAGAAUUAAAUCUUGACGUUUGUAUUCGUGAGAGAGACUUUCUACCUGGCCGUGAAAAAGCUGACAAUAUCAUGGACGCAAUAGAGAGCAGCAAAAUGACUCUUUGUGUUGUUUCGGAAUCUUACAUGCGUUCUGGCUGGAGGGACUACGAGUUAAACAUGGCGAAACUCGAGGGUAUAAAAAAGAGAGGAGGACUUCAUUAUGUAUAUUUAAUCAUUCUUCCGGGAGCCUACGAUUUUAAGCGAAAGUGUCCGAAUUCCUUGAAGGAUUUGAUCAACGAAAAUUAUUUUUGUCAACAUCCUUCUGAAGAAUCUAGGGCCGUAUUGGAAACAUUUUGGAAUGAGUUUUCCAGUGUUGUUGCACAUAAAAUGAAAACUUUGUAGUAUUUAACUUUGACCUUUAUUACCAUAGAAAG